GAGACCUCCAGGAAGAUGCCAGGGCUGAUUGACCGUGUGACCCUCUCCCGGCUGCCCCUCAUUGCCUCCGAGGUGACAUCCUGUGUCAGUGGCUAUGCCUUUGGGAUGACAGCCCUGCUCACCUACCACAACCCAGACCCCCAGGCUUUGGAAGGUCUCUUUGUGUACCCCUUGGAUGAGGGCACAACUGUCGUGGGCUUCGAGGCGGCCGUGUCCCGGCGCACCGUGACUGUGCAGAUCAAAGACAAAGCCAAGAUGGAUGACACCUACUUCAACAGCUGCAGCCUCCCCCCAGGAAGAGCUGGUGAUGGAUGUGGAAGGCUUAUGAUGGAUGAGGACCUGGAGAGGAUUGUUUUUGUGGCCAACCUGGGCAUGAUUCCUCCCCUGGAAAGUGUCUCCAUCUUCAUCAGCACCUCUUCUGAGCUGCAGACACUGCCCAGCGGGGUGGUGAGGGUCCUUCUGCCAGCUGUGUGUGUCCCCAGGGUCUCCCAGCCCAGCCUGGAGAAUGCCAGCAGCUUUUCCAGCCACCAGCUCCAAAUGGACAAGCACCCCUGUGGACUGGGGAGCCCGGAGCAAGGGAGCAGGUUCUGCCUGACUCAGCUGCUGGACAGUGAGACCACCAACCCCUUUGAGUAUGAAUUCAGCUUCCACCUGGAGAUCCGGGGGCCGUGUUUGCUGGCAGGAGUUGAGAGCCCCACACACGAGAUCCGAGCAGACGCCGACCCCUCGGCUCGCUCUGCCAAGAGCAUCGUGAUCACGCUGGCCAACAAACACACCUUCGACAGACCCGUGGAGAUCCUGAUCCAUCCAAGUGAGCCCCACAUGCCCCAUGUCUUAAUGGAAGAGGGUGACAUGACCCCUGCAGAGUACGAACGACACCUGAAGGGGAAGAACGAUUUCAUUAAAGGCACUAAGAAAGACCCCAGUGCCAAGAAAAAGAUGGAAAUCAUCAGGAAGAGGCUGAACAAGGACAUCCCCCACCACCCUGUCAUCAUGCUCAACUUCUGCCCUGACUUGAGGACUGUGCAGCCAGGCCUCCGGAAAGCCCAGGGCGAGUUCAUCUUCCUGGUAGACCGCAGCAGGAGCAUGAGUGGUGUGAGCAUCAGCCAUGCCAAGGAUGCCCUGUUGGUCAUUCUCAAGAGCCUGAUGCCAGCGUGUCUCUUCAAUAUCAUUGGGUUUGGAUCCACCUUCAAGACCCUCUUUCCUGUCAGCCAGGCCUACUGUGAGGAGAGCCUGCUGAUUGCCUGCCAGAGCAUCAGGAGGAUCCGGGCUGAUAUGGGCAGCAUCAACCUCCUGUCCCCCCUGAAGUGGCUCCUCCGCCAGCCCAUCCACAGGGGCCACCCCCGGCUGCUCUUUGUGCUGACAGCCGGGGCCAUCAGCAACACUGGGAAGGUUCUGGAGCUGCUGCGGGACCACUCCUGCUCCACCAGGUGCUACAGCUUCGGCCUCGGGCCAAACGCCUGCAGGAGGCUGGUGCGGGGUCUGGCUGCCGUGUCCAGGGGCGUCUCCGAGUUCCUGGAGGAGGGCGAGAGGCUGCAGCCCAAGAUGAUCAGGUCACUGAAGAAGGCAAUGGCUCCGGUCCUGAGUGACGUGUCCGUGGAGUGGGUCUUUCCUGAGAGCACUGAGGUCCUGGUGUCCCCUGUCAGCAGCAGCUGCCUGUUCCCUGGUGACCGCCUGGUCAGCUACGGUGUCAUCUGUGACACCUCCCCGUACCUGUCCAACCCCAGAGCUGACAAGAGGCGGCAGUACAGCACGAUGCAUUCCCAGGAGUCGGGCAGCUCUGUUUUCUUUCACUCCCAGGAGGAGGGAGCAGGCUUGGAGAGCUGGAACCACUCCAGAGACUCAGAGGGGUCCUGCCCCACCGAGCGCUCCCCCGAGCACCUGGGCGUGGGCAGAGACCCUGGGGGAGAGUCGGACACGGACACGGGAAUGGAUGUGAAGGCUCUGUCCAGGAGACGGGCGUACAGCACCACCCACAUCUCCGAGCACGAGCCCCGCAGGAAGGUGCCCACAGCCAGCGACCCUGGCACUGCCCUGGUGAGAAACCCCCUGAGGAAAACCCACCUGCAGGACCUGCAGCAGCUCAGCCCUGAGCCCUGGCAGGUGGAUUUCCAGCCCCUCCCGGCCAUCCCGCACGGCUCUGCGGGCAGGAUCCGCGGCACAGGCGCCCGGCGCCCCGCCCUGCUCCAGCACAGCUGUGUGUCCUUCUGCCACGACGCCGCCCCCCCGGACGGGCUGCAGGAAGCCCCGGCGAGGGGCUUGGAAGCACUCGGUGCCAUCAGGAGCCUGCACUCCUCAUCGGACAGCCGGAGCCCCGGGGAUGUGGAGGCUGCCCAGCAUCCAUCCCUCACCUUUGAGACAGAGACCUCCUCCGACUGGGAGCCCCAGGACCUGGAUAUCGGCGCUGCCUGCGGCUCCCCGCGCUCCUCCCCCAGGGCCCUCUGCAGGGCAGUGGUGAAGGGGCUGAGGAACAACGAGCCUGUGCAGUGGGAAGUCACGUUUGAUAUCCACCCUCUGUUCCGGGAGCGAGAGAGCCGCGAGGAUGGUGACAAAGACGUGUGGAGUGAGACCUUCCACCACCUGGCAGCCAAGUCACUCAUCCAGGACUUGGAGCAGCUCGCUGAGAGGGAGUGUGAAAUCGAGCAUGGGUCUGGGCGGCGGUUCCAGCUCAGCGCUGUCCACACCAGCAAGGCCUGUAACAUCAUCAGCAAGUACACAGCCUUCGUGCCUGUGGACCUGAACACCAGCUCCUACCUGCCCACCCUGGUCCAGUACACCCACACAGGGGCAACAUCCAAGCAAGGCAACCAGAGGAAACAGAAGAGUUCAGGAAACAGAAGGCAUCGUGGCUCUUCCCCGGGACAUCCUCAGGCAGCAUAUGGCCAGAAUGGAGACUAUGGAUUGAUCAGCAUGAAUGCUGAGGAGAGGAGCCCCUCACCCUCCAGCACCCCGUCCUUGUCUGCCUGGGAGCGCUGCCGUGGCCCUGAAGGGCCUCUCCACAGCCUGUCUGCUUCCUCUGCACAAGCCCAAAAAUCCAUUGAGAGGCUCUUUGCUGCCAGGCUGACCCUCAAUAAAACCAUGCUGCUGGUUCGAGCUGCCAAAGGCUUCAUGAGUAAAUCUCCAAGCAGAGGGAGCAAAGCCAGCUCUGAGGGUGACAGUGAGAGCAUGGACUACCUUCCCCUGGUGUCCCUGCAGCUGGCCUGCGGUGCCUUCCUUCUGAAUUCAGCCUUCUGCGACGCCGUCAACAUCCCCAUGGAGAAGCUGAAGUGGACGUCACCCUUCGCCUGCCACCGCCUGUCCCUCAGCCCCUCGGGCUCCUACAGCAGCAAGAGGAACAGCUCCUCCUCCUCGGAGCACAAACCCCUGAACUGCCCCCAGCAGCUGCUGGUCCCCAGCGGGCAGGGGAAGGGCCCCACCACUGCAGAUCUGGCAGGGGGAGCAGUGCUGGGGAACGCGGGCCGCCCUCGGCACCUGUCGGGCAGCGCUGCCGAGAGCAUCUCCAGAGCCCUGAGAGCCGAGCAGGAGCAGGAGCUGCGCCCCCCGGCCAUCACCAUCCGCAGCUUCUCCUCCCCCGCCGGCAGCGGCAGCGGCUGGGACACCGAGGGCGGCUCGGAGCUCCAGGCUGUGCUCUCAGACGUGGAGCUGCAGCAGCAGACGGAGCCCGAGGGGAUGCUGUGGGCCACGGCUGUGGCCCUGGCCUGGCUGGAGCACAGCUCAGCUUCUUACUUCAUCGAGUGGGAGCUGGUGGCUGCCAAAGCCAGCCUGUGGCUGAGCGGGCAGGACUUCCCCGAGGGAUCCAGCCUGGCCACGGUGAAAGCUGCAGCCCAGCAGCUCUUUGUGCUGCUCCGUCACUGGGAUGAGAACCUGGAGUUCAACCUGCUGUGCUACAACCCAGGCAGUGUGUAAGAGGAGGAGGAGGGAGGCUUGGGCAGAUUACUGAGGGCACAGGAGCAGGGAUCUAUCCUUAAGGAAAUGCCUCCAAGGAGCUCAACUCCUCUGCUGCAGGGAUGUGUGUGUUUAUUAGAGCAAACCCUGCACACACAGCAGCCUGGGCUAAAUCCUGCACUCAGCAGUCAGGAUUUUGCCCAGGAAGGGAACCUACCACUGCCUGCAGUAGAUGCUCUUUAUUUUCAACUAGAUCAGCACUUCCAGCUACAGCAGUUCCCUCUGAUUCUGGUUUCUUCUGGUCCAAGCCCAGUUUCCAGGGCAGAUCUUGUGGCCUGUUCCACUUUCCCUGUCCUUGCUUAGAUGCCUCUUCCCAGCUCUGAAUCACUGCCAAGCCCCCACUGCAGCCCCUCAGCCCCAAAUCCCUGCUUUCCUGAGGCUCCUGCCUGGCUCCUGCCAUCUCAGAUGGCUUUCAGAGAAGGCAAAGUCUGACAACAUGCUCACCUCAUGGAUAAAAGGGAAUCUGGGCUGGGAAUGAGCAUGUGAAGAGCAGCCCCGCUGUCACAGCCAGGAGGAUCGAGCCCAGCCAGGCCAGUUGGAGGCUGGGACCAAACCCCAUCCCAUCCACACAGUGCUGGGCUCCUUCAGGCUCUCUGCAAUCCCAGCAGGAGUUUGUGAGAUCCCUUGCAGCCAACGUGUGCCUUUGGAGCUUCACAGGCAGAGCCAGGGUGCCCGGGAUUGAAGGAUCAAGUGCCUCCAGAGGGAGUUGUGUGCCACUGUCUCCCGUGGAGCCCGUCUGGAACCCACUGCCUUCUGCUCCCUCCCUGGGCAUGUAGCAGCCUUGUCCCAGCAGGCUUCUGUCUUGUGUCUGUGUGUCUGGGGGUGACACGGGAGGGAAACCUGUGCUGGGGACCAUGAGCACCCCUCUGGUGUCUGCUCUGGUGUCACCUCUCCAAGGUCCCCAGGACCAUGAGCAUCCCUCUGGUGUCUGCUCUCAGUGUGGCCUCUCUGGGAUCCCCAGGAUUAUCCUUCUGCUCUCUGCUCUGGUUUCACCUCUCUUGGGUCUCCAGGAGCUUCCCUCUGGUCUCUGCUCUCAGUGUCAGCUCUCUGGGUUCCCCAGAACCUCGAGCACCCCUCCAGUGUCUGCUUUGAUGUCCCCUCUCUGAGGGCCCCAGUGUGGCAAUGCUCAGUGCUGCUGCAGGUUUGCCGGCCGGGUGCCUCAGCACAGUCGUGUUCUCUGUUGUUGCAGAAGUGUUGUUGUCCCAGUAAAUCACAGCCUGCUCUAA